GAAUCUCAUAGCUUCUGGUCGUAGUAACAAUUUGUUGCAGACGACACUACGUCGGGCCACGGAUUUCAAAAGUUCCGAGACGUAUUUCUACUUAUUUACUUGAUUUACAUUACAACAAAGUCAGAUCAUCAGUACCUAUGCUAUCGAAAAUUAAAUUCGGAUGCUAGCAAGUUCAUUGAGCAAAAACACUCUGUGCAUGGGGAUGAUAAUUCCGUCCGUAUUGUCACCGGAAUAAAAGACACGGUAUUUCGAAUCUAUUUCUAACCUCAAAAAGAAAAAAAAAAACGAACAUCUGAUACCGAAGGGAAGGAGAAAAUAUUAGAGAAACAUGGCUCUUUGUGGAUCGAAGAUAAAUGUAAUGUCUAGGGGUUUUCACACCACCCCGGUUGCCCAGGAAAUUCGAAAAAUGGCCCGAUUGCGAGUCGUGGAUAACAGCGAGAUUGGGAAGAGCGCUAUGCUGGAAGGAAAACCACCUAGAUGCAUUCAUGUAUACAACAAGCGUGGUGUUGGUUUCUUAGGUGACAAGGUGCUGCUAGCCAUAAAAGGUGAAAAGAAGAAAGCCAUCCUUGUAGGACUCAAGCAAAACCAGUCGCCUAGGAUACCUAAAUUUGACAGCAACAACGUUGUUUUAAUAAACGACGAGGGUACACCCCUUGGGACUCGGAUCCACGUUCCAAUUCCCCAUAUCCUGAGAACUCUACUACAAGAAAAAACUCAAACCAAGGGAGCUGACUAUACAAAGCUGCUUGCUAUAGCAUCAAGAUAUGUUUGAAUCUAGGGUUACGAUAGUGGUAGAGUAUGUUAUUUAAUUAAAAAAUAAAAUUCUAGUAUAUAUACAUAUUAUUGGAAUAUCAUGCGGUGUAUGUUUAUCCAUUUACGGAAUCGAUUUAUCGAUUCUCUGACACAUUGGCUGCAGAUAUAAGUACAAAGAACGCUAUCCCCGGGUAAUUUUCCACAAUGGUUUGCUGCGUUGACUGAAGAAUAUAUUCUUUUCGAAUAAGAAGAGAAAACUUGAAUGAAAAACAAACAAAAGAAUAUAUUCUUCAGUCAACGUCUGGCGGGUCUAGAGACAAUUCUGUUACCCUACACUUUACAGACUUGUCUCUGCUCGGCUUAACGUAAAAUUAAGUCGGCAACGCGAAAUACUGCAAAUUUUCCCCCGCGCACGUUCAAAUGUGUAAAGGUCGUUAUGCUGCAGACCCGAACCAACCUUGAAUCAUGUCACACCGUGGUUUUGCUGUUAUCGAGUUGGAACUGCAGUAACGAAUUAGAUUAUGCGUUGAUUAUACGAAUAUUUAUUUAUGUUCUUGUAAAUGCAAUACUUGGAAUUUAUUUUACAUUCGUUUUACAUGAUCUCAACGCGUUAUUUUUGCAACAACGACUUUGUCGCAAUGGAGCGUAGAAUUGGUUGCACGCAAAAGGCCAAGAAGGCGAACGUAAAUCGUUUCUGCGUAGGAAUACCUAUACCUAUGUAUGGACGAGCAGUGUUUCUGAUUUAAAAACACCGAACACCUUUAUUACACGAGUAUGAAUGUGAUCCCGCAGAAAUAAUCUAUUGCCAACCACGUUUCGCUGCAUAACUAUAACGACUUUGAUAACACAUCAACGAGAAUUCUUACGUUGAACAGAUCCGACUUUUGAAUAUCCGUGAAUAUGUAAUCCUAAUGUACUAAUUCUUAUAGCAUUAGUUGAUGAAAGAAAGAAAUUUGUCUACACAAUAAAACCCUAUAAAAAAAAUCUGAUACAGACUGUCGGAUCCGACAGAGAUCCGACAAUCUGUAUCGGAUUUUUUUUGUAGGGAAGACGUUAUCAUAUUUUGCUCUAGAUAAUGUAUACUGUACACCUAUUUCCUCGUAUUGUAGAACUACUUCUUGAAUAAACUUCCGUCAUAUUCUGCA